AUGGAUGCUUUACAUUAUUCAACAAUAAAAUAUUUAAUUGAAAAUUCACAAAAAAUAAAAGACUUCUUUGAAGAGUAUGCAAAUACAGAGGAUGAAGAAGAUGCUAAUAAAUCAAAAAAUCGUUUAUACAGUUUAAUAGGAAAUGAAUUGGGAAAUUUGCAAAUUGAAUAUCCUAUUUUGAUUCCAUUUGGUAAAAUGGGAUCUAAUUACCAAUGGUAUUUAUAUAAUAAAAUACUUUUAUUAGAAGAAAAUAAUGAAGAAGAAUUGUUAACAAACGAAGAAUUAGAAAAGAGUAUAAAGGCAGAAAUCAGAAUUAAUGCUUCUCUUUUAUUAGCAACUUUUGAGAGAAUUUAUGAUCAGUUAGAGGGAGAAUUUGAUGAUAAAACAAACGAAAAUUAUUUAAAAUUAAAGGAAAUAAUCAAAAAUAUAAAAAAAGAGUUUUUUGAUUUGAUUAAAAAAAGAAUUGAAAUUGCUAAUUGUUUUAUUUGUGUAUAUACAAGUUUAAUUGAUGAUGUAGAUUUAGAUGAAGGUUUAGAUGACGAAAAAAUUGAAACUUUAAUUGAAAAAUUGGAAGAAAUGGUAUUUAAAGAAACAAUUAAAGUAUGUGAAAAUAGUUGGGCAACAAAAGAAGGAAAAGAACAAAUAUUAAAAAAACAAAGAAGGAUUAUAGAAAAUGAACAUUUAAGUGAUUUAAGACAUUAUUUAGAGAAUAAUCAAAAAGAAAAAGAAAAAUUAACAAAAAGUUUUAAAAGCAAAUUUAUAUUGGGCAAUUUAAUUAUAGAUAACGAGAGAUUUUUUAAACUAAAUUCGGAGUUAAAAUUAUUGGAUAUAUUAGAAGGUAUGGAAAUAAUAAAAUAA